AAAAGUUAUAAAAUGAACUGUUGCUGUUUUGAAACUUAUGUUUUCGGUGCCAUCCAUCAGUAAUGUUACAAAAAGCAUUAUUGGUGUUGUGUAUUGUGGUGGCAGCCAAGUGCUCGCCACACGCCGAUAUUCUUGAAGAAUUGGCUAAAAAUUCAAAUACUAGGAUAGUUGAUAAUAUCUUAGAAGAUGCUGCUUUGGAUGUGCCGGAACUAGUGAGGAAGUACGGGUAUCCUUUGGAAGUCCAUACACUGACCACCGAGGAUGGAUAUAUUCUUGAAAUGCAUCGCAUUCCUCAUGGCAGAGAUAAUAAUAACGUACCUGGACCAAGACCUGUUGUAUUCCUAAUGCAUGGUCUGCUUUCUUCGUCAGCUGAUUGGGUUGUGAAGGGCCCUGGCUGUGCUUUCGGGUACAUUUUGGCCGAAGAAGGCUUCGACGUAUGGAUGGGUAAUGCCCGCGGCAAUUACUACUCGCGCAAACAUGUCCGUUUAAACCCUGAUGCGCUGCUGAGCACAGCGUUCUGGCAGUUCUCAUGGGACGAAAUAGGCAAUAUCGAUCUACCAACCAUGAUUGAUUAUGCCCUCGAAAAGUCCGGCAGAGACAGGCUUCACUAUGUUGGGCAUUCCCAGGGCACUACAGCUUUCUUCGUCAUGGCUUCUCUUCGCCCUGAAUAUAAUGCAAAGAUAAUAUCUAUGCACGCAUUUGCACCUGUAGCAUAUAUGGCUAACAACAGGAAUCCGCUUUUCCUGCUUCUGGCACGCCAUGCAAAUAAUAUAGAGUUAGCUCUGUCGCUAAUUGGUAUUGGAGAGUUCUUGCCCAACAAUCAAGUGAUGUCUUGGGCAGGCCAAACUUUGUGCAUGGAUGAGACUGUAACCCAGGCUCUUUGCAGCAACAUACUCUUCUUAUUAGGCGGAUGGAAUCAAGAUCAACAUAACGCUACAUUAUUGCCUUUGAAGUUGGGACAUACGCCAGCGGGAGCGUCAUCCAGACAAAUAGUGCACUACGCUCAAGGCAUCUCCGGUAAAGAAUUUCGUCGGUACGAUCACGGCGGUAUCAUUUCCAACAGGAGAGCUUACGGUAGCAGGCGACCACCGCGUUACGACCUAAGCCGGGUAACCACACCCGUUUUCCUUCAUUACUCCGCCCAUGAUCCCUUUGCUCACGUCAAUGACGUAAACAGAUUGUUCCAUGAACUUGGCAGACCCAUCGGCAGAUUCCGUGUACCUAUGCCUAGAUUCAGCCAUCUCGACUUUAUUUGGGGUAUAGACGCGAAAGAUCUUCUGUAUUUUAGAACUAUCAAUCUUAUUAGAUCUAUGGAGGCAAACACUUUCUCCGAUGAUGUAAUGAUUGAUGAAUAAUGUGGACUAUAAGAGACUGUUUUACACCUACCUACAUAUUUUGAAAUAACUCGGACUGAAUGUGUAUGUAAGUGUAUGUAUAAAUGAUUUUGUAUAAUUAAUGUGUUUUAUUUCAAAAGGACCACCGCUACCACCUGAUCAAUCAAAACGCUCUCUGGUCUCUCUCUUUACACAAAGGCGUGCCUGUACGGUAUUGUAUUUCAUGCCAGUGAACGCAUUC